ACGCGUUAUUGUUCUGCCAGGCGGACACGUGACGUGAGCGGCCAAUAGGGGCGCGAGCGCCGGCAACUUAUUAGGUGACUGUACUUCCCCCCCUGGUGCCACCAAGUUGUUACAUGAAAUCUGCAGUUUCAUAAUUUCCGCGGGUCGGGCCGGCUGGCCGGGCGCGGGACACUGCGAUGGCCACCACCGGGGCCCUGGGCAACUACUACGUGGACUCGUUCCUGCUGGGCGCCGACGCCGCGGACGAGCUGGGGGCGGGCCGCUACGCUCCGGGGGCCCUGGGUCAGCCCCCCAGGCAGGCAGCGGCGCUAACUGAGCACCCUGACUUCAGCCCGUGCAGUUUCCAGUCUAAGGCGGCGGUGUUCGGCGCCUCGUGGAACCCGGUGCACGCGGCAGGCGCCAACGCGGUGCCCGCGGCGGUGUAUCACCACCAUCACCACCACCCCUAUGUGCACCCCCAGGCGCCCGUGGCGGCGGCGGCGCCAGACGGCAGGUACAUGCGCUCCUGGCUGGAGCCCACGCCCGGCGCGCUCUCCUUCGCGGGCUUGCCCUCCAGCCGGCCUUAUGGCAUUAAACCUGAACCGCUGUCGGCCAGAAGGGGUGACUGUCCCACGCUUGACACUCACACUUUGUCCCUGACUGACUAUGCUUGUGGUUCUCCUCCAGUUGAUAGAGAAAAACAGCCCAGCGAAGGCGGCUUCCCCGAAAACAAUGCUGAGAAUGAGAGCAGCGGAGACAAGCCCCCCAUCGAUCCCAGCAACCCGGCUGCCAACUGGCUCCACGCGCGCUCCACACGGAAGAAGCGCUGCCCCUAUACUAAACACCAAACGCUGGAACUAGAGAAAGAGUUUCUGUUCAACAUGUACCUCACCAGGGACCGCAGGUACGAGGUAGCCCGACUGCUCAACCUCACCGAGAGGCAGGUCAAGAUCUGGUUCCAGAACCGCAGGAUGAAAAUGAAGAAAAUCAACAAAGACCGAGCAAAAGACGAGUGAUGCCACUGGAGUUCAUUUAGAGAAAAGAGACGGAGCUAGGGAGAAAGAGACAGGACUGCCCAUCCCUUUCUCCCACCCCCAUUCCACCCGAGCUUCCAGCACCCCCGCACCAAGCAGCUCUGAACUCCAGGCCUCACCCCACCCCUGGCAAACCCUUCUCAGGCUGGCUCCUUGGCCUGCCGCUUUGAUGGAGGAGGUAUUGUAAGCUUUCCAUUUUCUGUCAGACAAAAAAGAAGAAAAAGAAGAUGAAGAAGAAGAAGAAAAGGGGGCAUUAGGGCUGAUGGCUGUGUGUGCUAGCUUGUAUAUAUUUUAUAAAAUCUACCUGUUCCUGACUUAAACAAACAAACAAAAAAAACUACCUUUUUAUAAUGCACAACUGUUGACUGCGGGCUGUGUAGUUUUUAGUCUGUGUAGUUAAUUUAAUUUUCUUUUUGUGUGGCAGAGCUAUCUGCCCAGAUACUUGAACACUGUGUUUUAUUGUGGUAAUUAUGUUUUGUGACUCAAACUUCUGUGCUGGGUGAAGCACCCGUUGUGAUUGUGAAAGCUAGAAUUCAAUUUGAACUCAGGUUGUUUAUGAGGGAGAAAACAGUUGCAUAGAGUAUAGCUCUGUAGUGGAGUAUGUCUUCUGUAUAACUAGGCUGUUAACUUUUGAUUGUAAAUUAGCUGUAAGGAUUUCCCAACGAAAUAAUUUUUUUUUUUUAAAGAAAGUGUUCUCCGGAUGCGUAGAUUCAUGGUUUUCUUCAGUUUUGAAAAUCCGGCAUUUUAGUCUCUACAUGCUCUAUUGACCUGUCUUGUCCAUUGUAUAUAUAAACCACAUAUUAAAGAAAAAACAAUCAGACCAGCUUGAAUAUUGUUUUUGCACCAAACAGUGAGGCUAUUCGGAGCUAUACAUAUGUGCAGAAGGUUACUACCUAUGGUUUACGUUUAAUUUUAACUGGGGGGAUGAAUGCUUAUUGUAAUGGAGUUAAUUUUAUUGAUAAUAAAUUAUACACUAUGAAACUGCCAUUGGGCUACUGUAGAUUUGUAUUCUUGAUGAAUCUGGGGUUUCCAUUGGGCUGAACAUACACUGUAUAUUUUGCAAUAGUUACCUCAAGGCCUACUGACCAAAUUAUUGUGUUGAGAUGAUAUUUAACUUUUUGCCAAAUAAAAUAUAUUGAUUCUUUUCUA